AUGGGACAUACUGCUCAUUUCCUUGUGGUUCUCAGCGCGUGUUUUCUAGCAUUUUGUGAAGCUAGAUACUUUCCCAAGCUAAGAGACUUCGCUGAAAAAAGUUCAAUAAAAGCCUCGUCAACUUGUGGGGAAACUGAAACGAACUAUUGCGACGCAAAGACACUCAGUCGGCCCAGUUGCACAGAAAAGGUUUGCAAAUACGCAUGUUGUCCCACUUGCUCAGACGCUUUACCGAAUGCUCGCAACUUGGCUGCUGGCAUAAAGAUGGACAUAUAUGAUGGGCAACCUAGGCCAGGAACUACUGGGAAUUCUUUAGGUUUUAAUGGACAGAGAGGCUCGUAUAUCGAAGUGCGCAGGUUACCCUCAGUUGACCACAAAACCAAAGGUUUCACCAUUUGUGUAUGGGUGAACCAGACCUCGGGAAACCAAGGGUACGUUAUAGUAGAAAUAGUUUUAACAGAUCAUAGUAUAGUGGAAUUUAUUAAUUACAAUUAGAAUGAAAUUUAUACUGCUAAUGUUACAAGUUAAUUAAUGUAACAAUUAAACCUGGUUUACUCUAUUAAAGUUUCUGUGAUCACAGUAGGAAUUUUGCAUAGGUAAAUUCUAAGUUUUGAAGGAUUUGUAAGUAAUAUUUGAGGGAGUUUAAUUCCCUCAAACAUUUCUUACAAAUCCUUCAAAACUUAGAAUUUAUACCUAUCAGGGUGUCAACAGGCCUUGAAAAUCCUGGAAAGUCCUUGAAUUGGACAUAAAAAUUUCAGGACUGGAUUUAGUCCUUGAAAAUCAGUAGAAGUCCUUUAAUUAAAGUCCUGGAAUUAUUUUCCUUAACCUCCAGCUGUGCCAACAUUCGUGAUUUUGAUUAAAAUUACUGAAUAAAGUGAAUUAUUUUCAAAAAUUUUUCCCAGUUGUAGGUCCUUGAAUUUACUGAAAAAGGGUUUUGAAAGUCCUGGAAAAGUCCUUGAAUUUCACCUUCGCCAAAGGGUGGACACCCUGACCUAUGUAAAAUUCCUACUGUGAUCACAGAAACUUUGAUAAUGUAAACCAGGCAUAACAAUUAAUGAACACUAUUCAUACAGUUGAAGGAUGAAACAUUUUUAGAAAGCACUUUCAAUUGCAGUGGCGUAACUAGAUUGUUAAUUGGGGUGUGUAUAUUCAUAUAUUCGUGUUCUGCCCGACUAAUUUCUUUUGAAAUGAACUUAAAAACAAAGAAAUUCAAAAGAAAUUCGUCGGGCAGAAUACAAAUAUGUAUAGGUUAUUUUGAGGCAACGAGGGGAUAUGUGAUUUAUUCACCGAGGCGCGCAGCGCCGAGGUGAAUAAUCACAUAUCCCCGAGGUGCCUCAAAAUAACGUACUUAUUUUUCACAUUGCGAGGUUGCGUUCAUGAGACAGAAUAGAAUAAUUCUUAAUGCCAUAUUGCCUUCGUUAUGUUGUUUUUUUCUCAUUUUUGUGCUGCAAAGACAUUGCAGGUGAAUAUUAGAGGGGAUUAUUAAUUGCAGGUGAAUAUUAGAGGGGAUUAUUAAACGGAAAUUGAUUAGAGUGGAAUAUUGAAUAUAUUCCCCGAUAAGAACAAAGGAAACCGAGCAGGGUGAAAAAUAAGUAUAGGUUAUUUUGAGGCAACGAGGGGAUAUGUGAUUUAUUCACUGAGGCGCGCAGCGCCGAGGUGAAUAAACACAUAUCCCCGAGGUGCCUCAAAAUAACGUACUUAUUUUUCACACUGCGAGGUCGCGUUAAUGAGUCAGAUAAGAAAUAAUUCUUAAUGCCAUAUUGCCAUCGCGAUGUUGUUUUUUCUCAUUUUUUGUGCUGCAAAGACAUUGCAGGUGAAUAUUAGAGGGGAUUAUUAAUUGCAGGUGAAUAUUAGAGGGGAUUAUUAAUUGCAGGUGAUUAUUAGAGGGGAUUAUUAAACGGAAAUUGAUUAGAGGGGAAUAUUGAAUAUAUUCCCCGACAAGAACAAAGGAAACCGAGCAGGGUGAAAAAUAAAUGAAUAUACACCCCCCCCCCCAAUUAACGCUCUAGUUACGCCUCUGUUCAAUUGAUAUUCCAAGUAAUUAGGUCAUUCUUUCUAACUUAUUUUAUUCAUCUUGAAAUAUUUCAGCACAAUAUUCACAAAAUCACCUCCUACUACAUUAUCAGUAAUUUAUGGCAUUGUGCUGGAAGACUUCAGCGUUACUCUUUACUAUACUUCAGUGGGCUCAAACAGUACAGAGAAUAUCAGAGUGACUCCUUUAGCCAGUCAAUACCCAGCAGAUCCUGAUGGAUGGCAUUUUAUCUGUGUCAUGGUGGUAGACACAGAGUUGUCGUAUUUCCUGGAUGGUGCAUAUGUUGGGACAGAUGUUUUGUUAAAGAACACCAUCGCAGACGACCGUGGCAGAGCAAGAGUUGGCCAAAUGUUUUCUGGUAUUUACCGUCGAUUGCAACUAAGCAGAAACACGUCAUGGGAAAACGCGAUCUAAUUGGAUAUGAAACAUAACAUGUUUGGACUUCAAACUUUACAUGAUUUUGCUGGAAACAUUUGACGUUUUACAAUUAUUUUUCCUGCAAAAACGUAACAAAGUUAGUACAAACACUGCAAACAAUACUGAAUUUGUCCACUAUAAAUGCAAAACUCACAAAUUUACAGUAUGUUAGAACUUCACUAAGGCUUGUUUCAUAUGUCAAAUUUAAUUCAGACAAAUAUAAUCACGGAUUUAGUGUUUGCAAGCUAAUCCCUGCCAAGUAUGAAUGUGUUUCUAAAUUUGGAAUAUUGACAGUUGACAUGUAAUUGUUUGCAGUAAAAUCAUGUGAUGUUUGAAGUCUAAACAAAUCAUGUUUGAAAGCCAAUUGGACGCGUUUUGUCAUGACAUGUUUCUGCUUAGUUGCAAUCGACGGUAAAAUAGAUAUUUCAUUCAGGGUUUGGAAUUUGUAGUGUCCCGAUACCCACAGGAUACUAAAAUUUGGUCUUGGAUACCAAACUGUGAAUAUCACGACUGGACAUCACAAAAUUUCAAACAUUAGGAGAAAUGUCUGAAUAGUUUUGACAGGAUAUAUUACUGCACAUGUAGAGAAAACUGAUCAACUCUCAUCAGAAUUUAAACCAGAUCAAAAUUGAUGAGAAUGUGUGAGAGUUGACUGGAAUAUUAUUACCGCACACAUAGAGAAAACUAGACAGGUUAAAUUAGCUCAGCCAUUCACACUGGCUGAUUUCUUGAGCUAAUUGAAACCUUAAACACUCUUGACAAGCACAAAAGUUUCAGUGAGCGCAGGCAAUAUUUUUAUCUGACAGGUUUUUUUACAGUAAUUUUUCUAUAUUUUAGGUUCCCAGCAGUACAGUGGACUCAUGCAAGAUUUAUUUUUCUACAAUAAAGCUUUGACUAACAGGUAUUAAAAAAUACACAAUUAUAAAAAUAGGUACACAUUGCGUACGUGAGAAAUUAUUUUGAAAAGAGGUCUAUAAAUGACGUUGACAAUCUUUUAACUCGCAGGGAAGUUACAGAAGUUUACACAGGGGCGUUUCCUACAACAUACAUUGCAUCAGAAUGUCGAUGUCCCCCCACUCAUCCUAAAAUAUCAGUGAGGCUACCAGGACGAAAGUGCGCUAAGAACUGGGACAAUUCCGAGCGUGACUUGGCGUCCAGGCUGGCAGACACAGCUCAUCCCGUGGAGUUUGCAACUGAUGGUGAUAAUUGGAGUUACUGGUUGUCUAAAGAUGUUGAUCAAGUCACAAUUGACGUUGAUUUGAUGUACGGACAAAUACAGGUUUGUCAUUCAUUUGAUAUUUCUUAAGCACUAGUUAAAACAUGAACAGCCGAUCUUUAUCUGAUAUAUACAAACUCGAGCCGAAGACGAGUGAAACGUUUUGAUGAGAAAAUAAAGACAAUAAAUGAAUGAUAUUUGGUGAGAAAAUUAACGGUUAUGUAAAGGCCAGGUCACACUCCACAACGAUACGAUACGAUAACUUGUAUUCGCGCGCUGAUUGGUCAAACAUUUAUCGUUAUAGUCCGACUAAAAAAAAAAUGUUAAAAAGCGUUAAAAAUCGUUAUCGUCAUACGAUAAUUUUACCAUUUUCGUUGUAGUGUGAACACCAACAUAAUUGUGUGUUUUCUUCACGAAUUAUUAAUGCUUUUUACAAUACCCUAUUAAAAUUGUAUAGUUACUGUACUAUAGUAAGUUUUAAUUGCGUUGUUUUAAUUUUGCGUCCUUCAACGCGAUAUUUCGCGCAGUUUUAAUUUUGAGCCUCUGGAAACGGAACAAAAUUGGAAAAUCAAGCUUAAAUGUUGAAGAACGAUGUAACUUUAUCUAACUUUACUCUGCAAACAAAGCGGAUUUUAUCUGGGCUUAUAAUAAAUUUUAGGAUGUUAGGGUUUAUAAUCCAAGUGAGUAAGUAAUCCAAGUAAUCCUAAUAUUAAUUCCACCAAGUGAAGUGCAGAACUAAGUUAUAAUAAAUUUCUCUUUUCAUGCGGUUGGGAACCCACACGGACCAUAGGUGUGAAAAAUAAAAAUUCUAUAAACGUUUGUCGCCGUGAUGCACAAGACAGACAGCUAGGAAAGUAAAUUAGAAAUUGUUGCAUGCAAAAUGUAUAGAUGUAGUUUUCCAUUAGAUUCGUAAUAUAAUUUCAUUUGAAUUACUUCGUUACUAGAUGUUCCACAUUGUCAGUCAGUUUUAUGGCCCUAUACCUGCGGCAAUUUUGAUUGAGCGAUCCUUGAACUACGGAGAAACGUACGAAGCUUGGCAGUAUUAUGCCGUGGAUUGUCAGAAGUCAUUUGGUAUGGCAAAUAAUGGUGCUUUAAGUCAACCUGACUCAGUCAACUGUCAACAACAGGACAGGUAAAGGGGAAACAUGAAACGAUAUAUUCCUGAGAAAAAUUCAACACUGCGUUAGUAACAUAAAAUUGACUUAAGCGAGGUUUGAGUUCAUUUCCCAAUAGUAUUGCCCACUACGAUUUAACGUCCUUAUCCGAGAAGACGCGAAAGUCUAACCAUUUACUAAUGUCGAUGUAAAGGUAGCACUUUCUCCUCAAUUAUUUUAAGAGCUUGAGUAGAGGUCCGACCAAGGAUUGAAUCCGCGUCUCGGAGCACGACACUAUACGACUUGGUAUUAUUGACUCUCUGGAUUUGAAUUGACUUAUUUUUUUCUGCCAGGUUCGCUGAAUACAUGCGCGAGGUCAAAUCCCGUUAGAGUCAACUUUACGUCGAUAAAGCAGUGUUCAUGGGUUUUUCUCAUAAAUAAUUAUAUCAAAAAGACUCUAGACUUUCAGUACUCAUACGCCAGCAAUAUUUUUCUUACUUUUCUAGCACAAAAUACGACGAAGGUGGAAUAUCAUUCACUCCAGAUAGACAAAAUCCAUCUCGACCUUAUGGCGGAAGCUGCACUAGCCUUUAUUGCUCACAGAAGUUGUUAGAUUUCAUCCGAGCUACGAAUGUUCGCGUUCAUCUCUAUAACCACACGCUGUUUCCAACUUCAGUCAGCAAAUAUUUUGGUCUGUCGAAGCUUGUCGUUGCUGGAAG